CGCGUUGUGAUUCUGCCAGGAACCGGGCAGGGGCUCUCGCACGGGUGCAUCCGCUGUCACCGCCACGUUCACACCUACUCAGGCCACAGGAGGUGUCUUCAACGGAGACGGAGAACAUCGAUGGAAGGGGAAACUCAUCAGGAGGAGAGACUCCCGGUUCCGCCGGCGGAUUACUGGGCAGUAGAAGACAAGGUCCGACACUCGCUGGGUCAAUGUUACGACAAGAGGGUACUUCAAGUUACCCCUGGUGCGGGGGAGGUGGUCAGCAAUGAGAAAGGCAAGCGGUUCAAAGUUAAUGGCUCCUUAGAUGCGAUUAAGGAGAGGUGGUUAAAGGAACGAACUGUUAUCUUCAUCUUCCAGGACGAGUCAAGGAACCUAUCUCGGGCGGUGAAAGAGGAUCUAGUGAGAGCUUACGAAGAUGGAUGGUUUGCGAAACGCCUGUUCAGACCGGAGGUGACAAGGGGAAGGAUCAAAUUCGAGGGACCUAAUGUCAUUUCAUACGUGGCUAAGGCGGUGGAGGUGGCUACAUGGUUGGUACAGAAGGGUUCGACGCAACUCUCUUUGAAAGGAAAAGACUACCUUGUGUCAUUCAAGCCAUGGAUGACCAAGGUAGAAUUGAAGGAUCUAAGGCUGAAGGAUGCAGAGUCAAAUUUUUGGAUAGUGGCUUUGAGAGUGACUUUAGAUGCCAUGUACUACCUCUCAAGCGCCAUUGAAGGCCUGAUUAAAGGAGUGAAGCAUGUACAUGCCCCUGAGAUGGACAGAUCGUGGCCAAAACUGAUGAACUUGAAGAUAGAUAUGGAUCCGCAAGCAAGGUUUCGAGUGGAAGAUACACUAACGAUCGAAUCCCCGAAAGGGGAACUAUGGAAGGUGGAGGUGGCGACUCCGUAUUUAGACUGGUGUCGGAAGUGCAGGUGGUACUUCCACACGGAGGAAAACUGCCCGAGGAAUGCCACAGAGGACCGGUCGCGUCGUUAGUGGGUUAACUCCAGGCUCCCUCGACAAAGCUCUGUCCCGACACCGGCUUCUGCAGUCGCG